ACGGUUUCGGGCAGGCCGUACCACCGCCGGUCGAUACGCGAGGGGAAACUAUCCCCCUUUCCCCUCGGGCGAGAGCGAAUGAAAGAACCGUACAACUUCACGGACUCCACUGAUUCUCUCCUGAGCCGCCGCGCCUCCCGCAACGCUUCAGAAGCGAAGCAAAGGCCGUAUUAAUUAACAGAGCCACCCCUUCGCGGGAAGAGCAUGGUUCGCUCCGGGCCCGCGGGUGCUCCAGCCCGCCGCCUCUGAGGGAAGGUGGGUGCCGCCAUUUUGUCGGCGCGAGAAGGGACCCGGAGGCCUCGCUUUCCCCGAGCCUUGGUAGGGCGCCCGCCGCCGCCCCCCCUUGCUCUCGGGCCUCACACCGUCGUUACCACACGGCAGAUAUGUCGGAGUACAUCCGGGUUACUGAGGAUGAGAACGAAGAACCCAUUGAGAUCCCCUCAGAGGAUGAUGGGACAGUGUUGCUGUCGACAGUCACUGCUCAGUUCCCCGGGGCUUGUGGCCUGCGCUACAGAAACCCCGUGUCUCAGUGUAUGAGAGGAGUCCGAUUAGUGGAAGGAAUUCUGCACGCACCAGAUAAUGGCUGGGGAAAUCUGGUUUAUGUUGUUAACUAUCCCAAAGACAAUAAGCGUAAAAUGGAUGAAACAGAUGCUUCAUCAGCUGUGAAAGUGAAGCGAGCAGUGCAGAAAACCUCUGAUCUCAUCGUUUUGGGACUGCCAUGGAAAACAACUGAACAAGAUCUAAAGGAAUAUUUCAGCACGUUUGGAGAGGUUCUCAUGGUGCAGGUUAAGAAGGACAUCAAAACUGGCCACUCAAAGGGGUUUGGGUUUGUACGAUUUACAGACUAUGAAACCCAGGUGAAAGUCAUGUCUCAGCGACACAUGAUAGAUGGAAGAUGGUGUGACUGCAAACUUCCAAACUCUAAGCAAAGUCCAGAUGAACCUUUGCGUAGCAGGAAAGUGUUUGUUGGGCGUUGCACUGAAGACAUGACUGCAGAGGAGCUUCGUCAGUUUUUUUCACAAUACGGAGAAGUGGUUGAUGUCUUCAUCCCCAAACCGUUCAGAGCUUUUGCCUUUGUCACGUUUGCUGAUGAUCAGGUUGCCCAGUCCCUUUGUGGCGAGGACUUGAUCAUAAAAGGAAUCAGCGUCCAUAUAUCCAAUGCUGAACCUAAGCAUAAUAGCAGUAGACAACUAGAAAGAGGUGGAAGAUUUGGUGAAUGCAAUGUUGGUGUCGGCUUCUUUUCCUUUUAACACUGUCUCCCCUCCUCAUACUAAAGUACGGUAUGAAGACCUCAUUUAAUCCUUGCAGUUCAUCUCAUUUCAAAUGUCUAUGGAAGAAGCACUUCAUUGAAAGCAGUGCAGUUUAAAAAAAAAAUCUGCCUUAGGAAAUACUUCUGUCUCCAUGCUUUCCUCAUCCAAGACUCCCAUCACACUGCACAUGCUUCGUCUUAAGACGGUGGGUGUUCCAUUUUUAUCCGCUACUCUUUUAUUUCAUGGAGUCGUAUUCAACGCUAUGAACGCAAGGCUGUGAGAUGGAACCGGAAGGCUUGUUUGAACUCUUGAAAACCUUGUGUGGUAUUGGAUUGGUGGUGCCGAGGCAUGUGAGGGCUUGGUAUGUGCGAGAAAAAGGAGGAGGCGCAUGCAGAGAGAGACCUGGUGGUGCUUAAUGGGAUUUUUAAAAAAAUAAUAAAUUUCUUGGCGCGAUGUCCCUCGAUCCUGUGGCUUUGGUGAGAGAGUGUGCGGAGAGCAUUGGGAGCGGACGUACGAGUGUUUUUUUUUUCUGGCAUUCAAAGGACAUCCCAGUCUGGAAGAACUUAAAUGGGGGGCUUUUUACCUAGUUAACCAAUUAUUUGAAUGUGUUAAGUGAAAUGAAUAUCUGUAUUUUUUUUCCCUCCGUUGUCAACUCUGCUGUGAAUGCUGUAUGGUGUGUGUUCUUUUCUGUUAAUGAUUCUGUAAGUGUGGUAAUGUGAACUGAAGGUGGAGUUUUGGUGGGAACACCCAGCUUGGGGUGCGUUUUGUGGAAAGUUGGCUUUUUUUUUGUAGCAAAACUCAGUCCCAAGCUCGGAGGUUCCCUUGGGUGGAAGUUUUCUCUGCCUGUAAGAUAUCCAUAUGAAUGCUGUUUGCUGCAGUUCUGUGUUUGGAUGCUUUUUAUAAGAUUUGUCAAUGUAGGAAAUUCUUAAAUAAAACUGAUUUAAGUAAUAUGUGUGUGUGUUUGACAGCACCCCUCCCCCCAAGUGUAUAGCCAUUAAUUUAAGUUGAGGUAGCUGUAAAAUGUCUGCUAUUUAUGUCUUACCUUUCACUGAUGUAAUCGAUACCAGUAACACAACUGCAGUUCCGUCUUUGUAGCAUUUAGUAAUAUACAUAUCUGAAAUUGUGCUUUACCAAAUGAGAUAGCCUUCCCUUGGUGAGUGAGUUCUCUCCCACUAGAGAGUGUUGUAGGCAAGAGCCAAAAUUGCAUUUAAGCAUAAACAGUAUUGCUCCUGUCAAGUGCAUUCUACUUAGAUGCUGAGCUGGUGGUAGUGUUAAUUGCCCUUUGCUGGAGUGAGUACAGAGAAUAGCUUGCCCAUAUGUUAACACCCUCCAGAAUGCAAGUUGGCAGAGCACUUGUGACUCAGCUUGAAGAAAGGUUUGACUGUCUGAAGGAAGAGGGGUGGACUUAGCAGUCCUAAAGACUUGUUGCAUAAGUUAACAGCAUCUUUGUGAUCCCAUUAUUAUAUCUGAUGCAAAUCUACAACUUUCACCUGGCAGAUUUUGGAAAUAGGCAACCAACCCACUAAACACAC